ACAAAGCUGCUGAGUAGUAUUGCUGCUGUUGGCAUUCAUAUAUGUAAUAACAUGUUCAGAUUCCCAUUUAGAUAUUCAUUAAUCAUACUUCUCAGUUGGUAAUAUGGACAUAAAUGUUAGUUUUUGUGCGUGUUAAAAUGACCGAAAUAAAAACAAUUUCUCCGUGUAGUUGAAGGAUCACAGGAAUGCCAACCAUGGGAUCUUUCUGUUGUGGUGGAAGCAGGAGCGCCACCAGCAGCCUCUGGAAUUUAUUGCGCUAAAUACCCUGGCAAGGCUUCAAAAGGGCAGCUCACAUUUGCAGAUGCUGUGAUGACAGAAACGUUCUAGUGUCGAGGUGAGGACACGGCAGCUCGCAGCGGUGGGGGUGGUCUCCUAGGGGUUUUUUUUUUCCUUUUUUUUAAUUUCCUCCUUCUCGCUGCUGAGACAAGGGGGGAUGCUGUUCUGUGCGCUGACUUAGGUUGCAUCCCUCAUUCGUGUGCAGCUGCAAGUCUGCUUCUGCUGGUGCGCUCGCUGCCUGAGCUUUAAACGAGGGCAAAAAAAAAAAAAAAGCUUCUGACUGAUAAGAUAACCCAAAUCGGUGGUCCGGCCGCACCAUGAGGGUGGUCCUCCUGCUCUCUCUGCUGACCUUGGCCAGCAGCAAAUACUACCAACAUGUCAACGUCAUGGACAUGAUGAGAAACUACGACGUCAUGAUGGCCGAUUCCGGGGAUGACGACGACUCCAACAACUUGAACGACCACUACGAUAUCUGUCCCGUGGGUUGCCAUUGCUCACCCAGAGUGGUGCAGUGCUCAGAUCAAGGCCUGAUCAACAUUCCCGCCAAGAUUCCCGCCGACAGCUUGAUGAUCGACCUCCAGAACAACGACAUCACCGAGAUCAAGGAGGACGACUUCAAAGGGCUGGACAAGCUUUACGGCCUGUUUCUGAUCAACAACCGGAUCUCAAAGAUCCACCCACGGGCCUUCAAGAACAUGAACCGCCUGCGCCUGCUCUACCUUUCCUAUAACAUGCUGACGGAGAUCCCGGCCAAUCUGCCGCCCAACAUCAUCGAACUGCGGUUCCACGAAAACCGAAUCAACAAGAUCCAGAGGGACGCCUUCAAAGGACUCAGGAAGCUCCAUGUGCUCGAACUGGGAGCCAACCCACUGGCCAACGGCGGCAUCGAGCUUGGCGCCUUCAACGGCCUGUCCACGCUCUAUGUGGGGAUGUCUGAGAGCAGGCUGACGGCUGUGCCCAAAGACUUGCCCACCUCCAUCACGGAGCUCAACCUGGAGUACAACAAGAUCUUUAAGGUGGAAGUGGAAGACUUCAUCAGAUAUAAAAAUCUCCAGAGACUGAGUCUGAGCUUCAACCAAAUCCGCUCUGUGGAGAACGGCAGUCUGGCCAAGAUCCCCAACAUCCGCGAGAUCCACCUGGACAACAACAAUCUGAAAAAGGUCCCGGUCGGACUCAGCUCCCUGCGCUACCUCCAGGUGAUUUUCCUCCAUGCCAACAAAAUCACCAGCGUGGGCGUCAACGACUUCUGCCCCAUCAGAUUCGGCGAGAAAAAGAACUUGUACAGUGGCAUCAGCCUGUUCGCCAACCCCGUCAAGUACUGGGACGUCCACCCCGCCACCUUCCGAUGCGUGGGCGGACGACGGGGCGUUCAGCUCGGAAACUUCCGGAAGUGAUAGCCACACGUCGGCUGGACGGCUUGCGACCGCGUGUCAAACAAGGGGAGAACCGGAAAUGAUCCCAACUUAUAAUAGAUCCCAAUAAAAGUCUCAUAAUCAGAGAUGAAACCGAUGCAAAAAAUCUCACAUCACGAUAAGAAGUGACCAAAAUUAUAAUCACUAUCAGUAUUAUCGCAACAUUGCAAAAAAUAGAAAUAAAUAAAAUCACACAUACGAGCACCAAAAGCCUUCCGAAAGAAACCCUGAUGUAGUUUUUGCACGUUAGAAAUCAUAAACAGCAGCAAGCAAAAUACCUUGGAGUACAGGAAUCCCACAAAUGCACAAAUUCAGCGAUCCAUGUUUUACUGUAUUUUAAUUUUUUUUUUUGUGCUCUUUCUGAAACGCCCUAAGCAGCGCAAGAUGUCCCUUGUAGGCCUGUUCAAAUAGGAAUCGGAAUCAAGGAAAUACAGCAGUGCCUUGAAAACAAGUUUUUACCUUUGCAUAUCAGGGAGUAGAGAAACCGAGACUGUUCGUGGAAGUUACGGAGCGUAUUCACCUGAUAUCACUCACACGUGUGCUCACGGCGCAUUUUCUCAAAAUCAUAUCUGGUCGCCAUUUAUUUGAGGGUUCGUGUAAGGCACAGGUGUCAAACUCAAGGCCCGGGAGCCAGAUCUGGCCCUCUGCACGAUUUUCUGGGGCCCGCGGAGGCAAAUCAUUUGUGUCAACUUCCAUGAUUCUUGUGAAAAUCUGUACAAAAAUUUCAAAUUGUCACAAAUCAUGAAUAGUAACGUUGAGAAGUGUUUUUGUGUUAUCAAAUAUGAAUGUUUCAAAACCCUAUUACAGCUAAUCUCUGAUUAAAAAAGUUCAUAAAUUUCAUGUGUAAAUAUGAUGAGGCAAUUAAAGAUUAUGGUUUGUGUCAUAACGACCCUCUGAGGGAAACCGUAACUGCAAUGUGGCCCGUGACAAAAAUGAGUUUGACACCCCUGAUGUAAGGAGAAAGGAGAGUUGAAAUGUUUUGCGAAAUAAGUUUGUGGCUAUUAACAAAGGUAAUUUUAAACACUAAGAAAAAUGGGGUCCAUUUUUUUAAUUUUUUAUUUAUUUUUUACUUUCAUGGAAAGCUCUGUCCCUAGCCCCCGCAAAAAGUGGCGGAUAAUUGGACCGUUUUGGGUCGUGACAAAACUUGUGACGUGUUUUCCUGCCCAAUUUGGCAACUUUUUUUUUCCCCUGCAUUCUCAGCCAACAAACUCAUCUUCAAUUAAUUUCCCAACUGCAGGCUUGGAAAAAGCUGAAGCUUUUGCCCUCGUCCUUGUUUGAGUUGAAGAAAUCAUUUUUGUAGCACCGUCAUGGUCUUCUACGGUUUAUGAAUUUGGAAUAUGAACUUUCCAACUGUUGGCUGUCGCAAUGGCAAUGCCAGAAGCGAAAAGCCGCAAGACAACUACGGCACUAAAAUUACGAUAAUGACAAUAAUUCAAAAAAAUGAAAAGGCAAUGCUUAUCUAAAAUUUUCCCACAGCUUAUCAGUGCAGGGGGUCCUCAAUUUAGUUUAAUGUACUGCUACGCUAAUACAGCAUUAAUUACAGAAACUAUUUAAAUAAACUCUUAUAAUCAGCCAAUCAAAUGAAAAUAUAUUAAGUAUGGCAAAAACUGUGUGUGCCAGUGAAGAAAGUAGUUUGUGUGCGCUCUUCAGAACCUGGAAGCAUUAUAUAUUCAGUACCAUCCUAGGUUUAGUUUGUAACGAAUUGGAACGACAACUACUGCUCUGUAUAAACACAGUAGUAAGGAAAACUGAAAAAUGUAAUUGCUAAAACUUGCUGUCGUAAAUUCUGCUACAUUUGAGGGGGUCCUCCGUAUACAACUAAGUUCAUUGCUUCCUGUGCGUACCUUCAAAACGUUGUGUUAUCGGUACCGUCGUAAAUCGAGGAACCCUUAUAUAGAGCCCUUUUGUCGGGUGAGCAACCAAAAAAAAAAAACUUGACUGAUUGGUUUGUACUAGAUUGUAUGAUUAGAAACAUGCUUAAGUUGACUCCGUAACCUUCCUCGAGACGACAAACGAAAUCGUCCGUCUUUUAACCUGAGUUAUGUUUUUUUGUUUUUUUUAAUGUCAUUUGGGGGCAUUGUGAAGUUGAAAUCUUCCAUUUCAAACACGCGUUCUUUCCAGGAAAGGUCUGUACUCACUGGAAGGAUAUUGGCCAUUUUCAGUGCAAUAACGUGACGCCAAAGAUCAGAUCUUUUGAUUUUUUUGUCUUGAAAUGUUUUAUACACAUGCAGAGUACUUUAACAGACACUGUCCUACUUGUAAAAACAAAAAACUAAAGCGUCCUCAGCAGGGCUGUGGAUGACCAAAUUCUCGAAAAUGUCUCCAGGUUGAACUCACGCGCGGCUAGAGUGUCGUUGAUUAAAGGCAUGUAUUGUAAUAAAAAUCCUUUUUUUCCCCCCCCUCCAGUGUCCUCUCCUCCAAUGGUGCUAUAUUUAUUGAGUAUGUUUUCAAAUAAACCUGGAAC